CGGCUGCCACCCCUUUCCCCGGCCCGCUACGCGUACACGUACACCCCUUGUCUUCUUCUCACCACUCCUCGCCUCAGACCAACACCGCUGCGCGUGUUUAUAGCUGCUGCCUACCUCUCUCUCUCUCUUUCUCUUUCUCUGUACGCGUUCGUCUCUCUCUCUCUGCGCGCAACAAGUGACGCGUCACUGCGCCGCACACCACCGAGGGGGAUCGCCGCCGCGCGGGAUAUGAGAUGAGAGGAGACGUCUUUCUGGCGCUCCUUGCUGCCGCCGCCGCCGCCGCCGCCGCCGUCAUCGGCGUCGCGGCGGCGGCUUCCGAGGGGCUGCCAACGGCGGCGGUGGAGGUGGACCCGUCGUGGCGGUUCCCGAGCCGGCGCCUGCGGGACGCGUACGUCGCGCUGCAGACGUGGAAGCGGCAGGCCAUCUUCUCCGACCCGAGCAACCUCACCGCCGACUGGGUCGGCCCGGGGGUCUGCAACUACACGGGCGUGUACUGCGCGCAGCUCCCCUCGGGCCCCGACCGCGGCGCGCUCGCCGUCGCCGGGGUCGACCUCAACCACGGCGACAUCGCGGGCUUCCUCCCGCCCGAGCUCGGCCUCCUCGCCGACCUCGCCCUGCUCCACCUCAACUCCAACCGCUUCUGCGGCGUCCUCCCGCGCGCGCUCCGCCGCCUCCGCCUCCUCCACGAGCUCGACCUCAGCAACAACCGCUUCGUCGGCCCGUUCCCGGACGUCGUGCUCGACCUCCCCGCGCUCCGCUUCCUCGACCUCCGCUUCAACGACUUCGAGGGCGCCGUCCCGCCCCGCCUCUUCGACCGCCCGCUCGACGCCAUCUUCCUCAACCACAACCGCCUCCGCUUCCAGCUCCCGGACAACCUCGGCAACUCGCCGGCCUCCGUCCUCGUCCUCGCGCACAACGCCUUCGGCGGCUGCCUCCCCGCGAGCGUCGCCAACAUGUCCGGCACGCUCAACGAGAUCCUGCUCAUCAACAACGGCCUCUCCUCCUGCUUCCCGCCGGAGAUCGGCCUGCUGCGGGAGCUCACCGUGCUCGACGUCAGCUUCAACGAGCUCGCCGGCCCGCUGCCGCCGGAGCUCGCCCUCAUGAGGAAGCUGGAGCAGCUGGACGUCGCCCACAACCUGCUCACCGGCGCGAUACCGCCGGGGAUAUGCGACCUGCCGCGCCUCAACAACUUCACAUUCGCCUACAACUUCUUCACGGGCGAGCCACCGGCGUGCGCGCGCGUCGUGCCGCGGGACAGCGACCGCAGCAACUGCCUGCCCAACCGCCCCGCCCAGCGGACGCCGCAGCAGUGCGCCGCGUUCUACGCCCGUCCACCUGUCAACUGCGCCGCGUUCCACUGCAAGCCGUUCGUCCCGCCCAUGCCGCCGCCGCGACUCCCAUCACCGCCCCCGCCGAUGCUCCCAUCACCGCCCCCGCCGCGGCUCCCAUCACCGCCCCCGCCGAUGCUUCCAUCACCGCCGCCGCCUUCGCCACCUCCACCAUCACCACCGCCGCCGUCUCCACCUCCCCCACUUAUGUCUCCUCCGCCGCCAUCACCGCCACCGCCGUCACCACCGCCACCUCCACUGCUGCCGCCACCACCACAACCACAUUCCCCACCUCCACCGUUGUCGUCACCACCGCCACCACCACCACUGCCACAACCACAUUCCCCGCCUCCACCGUUGUCGUCACCACCGCCACCACCACCACUGCCACAACCACAUUCCCCGCCUCCACCGUUGUCGUCACCACCGCCACCACCACCACUGCCGCAUUCCCCACCUCCACCAUCCCCAGCCCCCGCGCCAGUCUACCACCCGCCACCACCACCACAGUGCCCACCAUGCCCCGUCCUGCCGCCACCGCUACCCUGCACACCAACGCAUCCAUGGCCACCUCCGCCACCAUAUUACCCCGGCCCAUUCCCACCCACAGACCCUGUCCGAUACGCAUCACCUCCUCCCCCACAGCAGCACCAUCCAUGGCCACCAGUAUACCCAGUUCAAUACGGAUCGCCGCCGCCCCCUCCGCUGCAUUGACAGAGAAUCUCAGACGCACGGAACGGAAGGAUAGUUGGUUCUGCUCUUGCCCCUCCGGCCAUGGCUACCACUUGCCAGAUUCACCAGUGUACGUGGUCAUUGUCAUGCUUAGCAAAUACUGUUGGUUGAUGGCUGCAUGCCUCGAGAGCGCGUGGUAAUCUCCACAGAAUUUUGUGAAAUCAUGGUCUGUCGGUGUCGGUCGUUGGUGCUGAAAGGGAUUGAAUUGAAUGUGACGGGGUGGUCUGCUGGGUCUCUUCGGAGCGUUUUAGGCUUGGGAUUGGUGGUUAAAAUUGGCUGUGAAUAAAGAAGAGUUUGAGAGGGACAGCAGAGGAGGGGAUUGUAUUGUAGGUGCAGGGAUAUAUCAUAUAUCUGGGUGUAUAGAGAAGUUUCAGCUCAGUUGAGUUCAGUCAGACAUCAAAGUUUAGACCAAUAAAUUUCCAGUGCCCGUUUGUUCCUUUUGUACCACAGUUAUCAUCGGUUA